AUGACAGAACCCCCUCAAGCUCCACGUGCCAGAGUGGUAAUCGAUAUUUUAUCUGUCCUACUUUCCAUGCGUGCGCCAUUAACUAUUCCUAUUUGUACAAUGUACAUGCCGCGUACGAACAAUAAUAUUCCGUGUCGUCUGUUGACCAAAAUACUUCGUGCGCCGUUACACCACUACUCACCGACUAAUCUGUGUGUUUAUAAUAUGUUUUAUAACAGGUUCUGCGUUUUCUUCAAAAACCAACAGAUUACUAAUGACAUCAUUAAAAAGCACUCGGCCAUAUUCAUUGAUAACAUCGAGGUACCAAUACGCAAGUUAAUUAACCCGGCCAAACGCAUUAUUUUGUCGAAUGUAUAUCAAGCUAUUCCGAAUAAAUCUAUCAUCGAGGCAAUAGAGACAUAUGGUAUUAAAAUAACAUCCCCAAUCACGGCGCUAAAAGAUGGUUUCCCGCUUGACCAAUUCACACAUAUCACAAGCUUCCGCAGACAACUCUACAUCAGUCCUGAAGAUUUCCCAAAACUACCAGGAUCUAUUUCCCUCGACAACACCUCAUACCUUAUAUUCAUUACCGAUGACAUCGUAACUUGUUUUUUAUGCAAAAAACCCGGCCACGUAUCAUCCUCAUGCAAGAUGAUACACACAACGCCCCCUCUGUCAGAAAAUAUGGACACCUCAAACGAACAAACUUCCACUAAUAUCUCAUCCCACCAUAUCGUCGAAAAAACCAAUAGAAUAAACGCGUCUUCUGAACUACCUCUAGAAAUCACUAGCGAAAUAUCCAAUAAAAAUAAUGCACAAAUCACCCAUGAUGAUAACUAUGAUGAUAUAUCGGACACACAGUCACACCAAGCUACUUUUAAAAGACCAGCUCCUGAAUCCACAUGCCCGUCAGCGCCACCCUCCCCCACUCUGACCAACGACCAAAUUGAGUUUUAUAAGGAUACACUUGAUGUCAAAAACACUAAUCCUAAAAAACAAACCACAAAAAAAAUUAAAGUCAGAUCAAGAUCAAACUCCUCAACAAGAACCACUGAAAUAUUAGAUAACCUCCUCGAGCCAGCAACGGCUAUCCUGCAGAAUAAAGACUCCUCCCUUAAUCUAAUCACUUUCAAAUAUAUUCUAGAAAACUUCACGAACAAAAACUUAAAUAUACACGAACUAUGCAUUAGUGUUGGAUCCAAUGCCACUGAAGUCCUUGAUAUGGCCGAAAAAGUAUUACCACUAAUGGUGGAAAAAAAAAAUUAA